GAUGUUCAGUUGUUGAGGAAAUGCUUUGGAGGUUCAAGUAAAAAUCGUUGGCCAGGAAGGUUGCAAGAGAUUGGAGUGAUGGUUCAAAAAUAUGGUCCCGUCGGCUGGUCGGACGACCUCGAUGAUGAGGAGUUCGAGACAAUCGGCACCAAUGACACAAAGGUCAUGUCAGCAUUAUAUUCUGAUGACGAAGACGGCGAAUCUCAGAUAUCGAUGCAAGAUGCACUUCAACCACCAUCGGGAAAAAUUUCUGAAAAGAUGAUGGAUCGGGAGAUUGGAUUGAUCAUGAAUUUAGUGAGCCGACAAGAACCAGAAAAUGGAGACCACGUUGCGGAUGAUGAGUGGAAACAUGGUGUAACCGACUCGGUCAUGCUUUCCUUGAGGAAAACGUUGAAUGCAAUAGGACUUCUGUGUUCCAAAAAUACUGAUGG